GUUUAAUAAAUACUAUAAUAUUUGAAUACAUUGGGGUUCAUCUUAUCUGAAUAAUCAUACACGAACUCGUCAUUAACAUACAACAAGCACAUAAGCAUGUCGAUCGAGGCGAAAGUAAAAAAGAUUUCUUCCAGCAAGAAAAAGCUGUUGAAGGAGCUAGCAGCCAACGGCGAUGCCGAUGCUAUCGCACAACUCGCCGAACAAAAGAAAGCCAAGUCGUCUAAGCGUAAAUCAAGCGGCAACGAUGACGACGAGAAACCCAAGAAGAAGAAGAAGUCUGAAUCCGAUGGUAUAGAUGCAGCACCCGAGAGCGCGACUGCUGCUACAGAGACGGCUGUGGCUAAGAAAGAGGUUGUAUACAGGGUAGAUGGACGGGAAGUGCACACAGACGAGGAAGUCGCCACGUUCAUGAAAGAGCAUGACAUCAAGAUCACACCUGGCACAAGCACAUACGACAUCCCCCACCCCAUGUUGACCUGGGACAGUACACCUUUCUCUGGAAAGGUCAAGGCUAACCUUGUAGCUUCAGGGUUCCCCGGACCCACAGCCUCACAGGCCAUGUCCUGGCCCAUUAUUCUCGGUGGACAGGACAUCAUCGCCGUGGCCAAGACCGGCUCUGGUAAGACGCUUGGUUUCUUGGUUCCAUGUUUCCAUCACAUCGUCACAAGCAAAUGGAACCAGGGUGGAGACUUCCGUGGUCAGCCUAGGCGUGGUGAGCCUCCCAAGGUGCUUGUACUAGCACCCACUAGAGAGUUAGCCUGUCAGAUCGAGGCCGAAGCUAAGAAGUUCGGUAUGACAGCUGGCAUUCGCUCCGUGUGUCUGUAUGGUGGAGCCCCCAAGUACCCUCAGAUCCGCGCUAUUGAGCAAGGAGCUCAGGUGAUUAUCGCUACACCCGGACGUCUGUGUGAUAUCAUGGAGAUGAAGAAGAUAUCUGUAUUGGGUAUUGAGUGUGCUAUCCUGGACGAGGCGGAUCGUAUGUUGGAUAUGGGUUUCGGACCUCAGAUCACAGAGAUUAUGGAGAAGCUGCCCAAGCAGAAGCAGACCUUGUUCUUCACCGCUACUUGGCCCAAGGCUGUGCAAAAACUGGCAAACACACUACUGAAGGACGCUGUACAGGUUAACUUUGGCGCGGUGCACAAACUGCAAGCCAACAAGAACGUCGAGCAGAACAUCCGCAUCGUGGACAACCACUCCAAGUUCGAUGAGCUUAAGAAGUUGCUCACGGAGCUGAGUGAGACUGAGGACGCAGCCAAGAGUCACCCCAAGAUGAUCAUCUUCACAGCCAGAAAGCACACCUGCAACGAUCUUGGCAACCAGCUAUGGGAGAGCGGAUUUGCCGUCGACUGUUUGCAUGGUGACCGCGAACAGUUCGAACGCACCAACAUCAUGAAGCAAUAUGUUGCCAACGACUUGCGAAUGCUGGUGGCCACCGAUGUAGCCGCUCGUGGAUUGGAUGUCCGGGAUAUAAAGGUUGUGAUCAACUACGAUUUCCCCUCAAACGGUGUGGAAGACUACGUACACCGCAUCGGGCGUACCGGCCGUGGAAACGACACCGGCGCUUCAUACACUUUCUUCACCAACGACGAUGCGAAACACGCCAACGAGCUCAUCCAGGUUAUGGUGGAUGCUGGCAAGGACAUCUCACCCGAAUUACAGCGAAUGGACAGGGGUAAAGGACGUGGGGGUAGUAGUAAGCCCAGAUGGGGCGGCGGCCGGGGUGGCGGUGGUCGCUUUGGCGGUCGCGGUGGAGGUCGCGGCGGAGGUGGUCGUGGUGGCGGUGGUCGCGGCAGAUGGUAAAUUGCAAGUAUAAUUAGGCUACAUAUUUACAAAUUAGGUUAUAAUCGGGAAUGUGGACCGAAAAUUAGGACGCGGUGUAAAAAGCCUGGCGGGGUUAGUCCAUGCCAUGCACUUAGGUGAGGCGAUGCGGCAGGAGGUCAAAGACAGAGGAAUAUCGGGGCAUGUGCCCUACAAGCGGAUAUGCACUACAAGCGGAUAUGCACUUCAAGCGCAUAUGCACUACAAGCGCAUAAGCACAGCCCAAUCGGGUCUCGAAACAAUGCAAUGCCUCGAGAGACGUCGUCAUCAUAUAUAUAUAUAUGUAUAUUAUAUAUGUAUAUAUAUAUAUAUAUAUAUAUAUAUAGCUGCGGUUGGCGUGUCCGCAGUAGCAGCAUCUGACAACUGAAACGUCUUGCUGUGUAUGACCCACUGACGCAUGUAUGUAUUUUUGGCACACGAUGUGCGCGAGGGACACAAGACGACAUGCAUACGAUUCCUCUUAAAAGUAUAUAAGCACGUGGCUGGGGCCUUGUAGCGGGCCUAGAAGGCAAGUGCAUGAAAAUAGAUUAUUCCUCUUUUUAAAAGAGUGAGAUAGAAAAGUUAGUAUACUCGCAUGCCUCUCUAAGCGAGUGAUGAGGUGUUCGAUAGACGAAUAAAAAAAAGCCUGUACA